AUGGAGCCAUCUAUAGAAACAUUAGCAUUGUUUGAUGACAUAAUCCUUUUGUGUGAGGGACAAAUUGUCUACCAUGGUCCUCGAAGCCAUGCUGUUGGUUUUUUCAGUACCAUAGGCUUUUCAUGCCCCGACAGGAAGAAUGUAGCUGAUUUCCUUCAAGAGGUGACCUUAAAAAUGGAACAGAAGCAAUAUUGGACUGGUGACGAGAGCCAAUAUAAAUACCAUUCCAUCGAAGACUUCGUAAAAUGCUUCAGAGCCUACAGUGUCCCUCAAAUUGUAGAAGACAAUCAAUGCACAGAGAAUGGUAGCAAACAAGCAGUUCAAGCAGGUGACAGUUUUAGAAUAUCGAAAUGGAAGAUUUUCAAAGUUUGUUUAUCAAGGGAAGUACUCCUGUUAAAGAAAAAUUAUCCAGCGCAUAUCUUCAAGGUUAUACAGAUAAUGUUUCUCGCUUUUGUUACUGCAACACUUUUCUUUCGGUCAGAAAUGAACCAAGAUACAGUUCUUGAUGGAGUAAAGUACUUGGGAGCUCUCUUUAUGGGUGUUAUUGUUAUAAAUUUCAACUGCACAAUCGAACAUGGAAUGGUCACAAAGAGGCUCCCAAUAUUCUAUAAACAAAGGGAGUUACUAGAAUUACCUGGGUGGCCUCUUGUUUGCUCAGUUUUUCUAACCAGCUUACCAGUGUCACUGAUGGAGUCAGGUCUUUGGACCUUUUCAACCUAUUAUGCAAUUGGUUAUGCACCUUCUGCAAUCAGAUGGCACCUUCUUCCUUAUCCUUCUGUGAGCAUACGUCUUGCCACAGAACUGAGCCCAUAA